AUGGCCAACGCUUCCAUCCCGGGAAGCUCGAGGGCGUUCCCUCUUCCACCCCCCAAUGCGGAUCCUCUCCAGUCCCGCCCCUUCCCUCCAGCGUCCGGUUCAUCCUCGAUCACGACCGCCCCUUCGCUUGCUUCUGCCCUCCAAACACCCCAUCCUACCCCUCAGCGGAACGAGCCCUCAGAGCGCGAGGUAGCGACCUUACCUCCUGCCGUCCCUGCAAGCUUUGUAUCCAUGCCGUCGCUAGGGAUCAAGAGAGAACGCAGUCCCUCUCCGCUACUCUCACUCAAUCCCAUCCUGAUCACCGCAGGUUCCAUGCGCAUCGCGCCUGUCCCCGAAGCAUGCAAGAACUCGAAACCAGGCUUCCAGGUGGCACGCAAAGCUCUCGCGCAAGCUGAGAUGGGGAAACUUCAGAAGCUGGGGCUCCGCCCAACGCGCGUUUUCACGCGUGAAGAUGGCAUGGUCAUUGAUUGGACAAGCCCUGUCGCCGUCAUGUCCGACACCCUACGACCCCCGCCGCUAAUGGAGGCUGCUCAAGGAGAAGGCGAGCCGGUCCCCACUGAGGCUUUCAAUCCCAUGAAGAAAUUCAAGGUGCUCCCUGCCGACCCAUCGUCCAGUGAUGCCGCCCCACCUCCUCAGCCCUUUGGAAUUGAAAAGUUCAAGCGGACUGCUCAUCCACCGGCGAAACCUGCGUCUCGUUCACGCAUGUCUAUCACUCCUCUGGCUAUCAUCGACCUCGCCGAUGAGGGCGAUUCCCAGAGUAUCGGUAAUACCCCGCUUACAACCACGGCGAUGCGAUCCCUCAACAAAUCGAAGUUGACUUCGUCUUCCCGAGAUCCCCAGUCCCGCCCAACCAGUCCUCAAGCGCAUACAAGUGACGACCUCGGGACCUGCGCAGGAUCCUCACGUUUGCGCUCUCCUACCAUCACUCCGUCUGUCUUACCCCCGCCCCACACACCUAUCCCCAUCGCGAACCACACCGAAGGCUCCGUGGCUAGAGACGAAGUACUGACCGAUGCAGCGCUCGACUUCAUACAGCGCUACGCCGCCGCUUUCUUCACCGACCGCGCAUCGCUCGCGCACGCAUACGCCUCCACCGCGCUUCUCUCCGUGCGCUCUCCUGCCUCCGCCUCCUCCGCCGCCCACGUGGGUCGCGCGGCGGUCGUCGCCGCUCUUCUGGGGCUUGACAGCGCACAGGUGCUCGAGCCGCACGUGCGUUGUGCGGGCGGCGAGGGGGGUGGAGGUGCAGCCGACGAUGUGGGGAUGCCACUCGACUACGACGUCGUCGCGCUCCAGCGGGAGGAGGCCGUGCUGAUCAUUACCUAUUCGAGCCCGGGGAGCCCGGAGAGGCGCAAGGGCAAGGGAAGGGGAGAGGACACAGGGAAGGGGAAAGAGAGGGCGCGAGAGCGACGGGCGGACGAAGGGGACGGGGACAACGGGGACGGGCGGCGGUGGGUGUGCGAGCAGCGGUUCGUCCUCCGGCGGCGGGAGCUGGAGGCGGCAGACAGGGACGCGCCGGGCCUCUGGCCGUUUGUCGCAGUGCUGCACCAGAUGGCGGUCAGACAGCUUCCUCGAGGUUUGAGAUGA